AAAUAAACAAACAAACAAACAAACGAAUCUAAUUAAACAUUAAUUACUAUUACGUAAUCAUUCAUUAAAUAUUCACUACUGUUACGUAAUCAUUAGUUAACCAUUCAUAUCUAUCUAUCUAUAUAUAUACAGGUACGGAUACUACUAUUCAUACUUAUAGUACUAUAACUACUAUAAUAAUAACAACUUAUCAGUGAUAAACGGUAGUAACCAAGGCAACAGAACCUUUAAAUUAGAAGGGGACAAACAAAUAUACCUAGUUACUUAGAUACAUACAUUUUAAAAAAAAAAAUGAUGAUGAUUCUAUUAGACCAAAUUAAUAUAUUCUAUUAUGGAUUAUUUAAAAUUAAAAUAAAUUUAUUAUCAAAAUUAUUUAUCAGUUUAAUAAUCAAUUUUUUAUCCAUUCAUGAUUAUGUUGAAAAUACAUCAGUUACCAUUGGAUCAUGUUUUUCAAAACGUUUAAAUAGUGGUAAUUGUAUUGGAUUAAUGGAAGAGAGUAUAUCACAAUUAGAAUGUUGUAAACGUGGUGGAUUCUAUUUAAAUCGUCAAAUAACUCAACAAGAAUAUUUAACGGAUCAUUUAUUAUUUGAAUCUGGUACACCAAAUUGUGUUCAAGCAUGUAAUGAAGAAUUACCUUCAACAUGUAAAGGAUAUGUAUGUCCUGAAGGACAUUAUUGUCGUAUGAUUAAUAAUGAACCAAAAUGCAAAUGUCGUCUUCAAUGUAAUACAGCAGAUUAUUUAACUGGUCCAUUAUGUACAACUAAUUUAAGACGAUUUCAUAAUCAAUGCCAUUUAAAACAAGCUCGUUGUAAAUCACCAAAAGAAAGUCUUGAAGUAAUACCAUGUCCAGAUGAAGGUUUACGAUGUUCAGAUUUAAGUAUAUUAUCUGAAAAAAAUUUAAAUCUUAAUUCCCUAUUUAAAACAUUAUAUGCUGAAUAUGAAGAAAGAAAAGGUGUACCUUCAUUACCAUCAUCAUCAUCAUCAUUGCCUUCAUCAACUUCAACAACAAAAUCAUCACUAUCAUCAACAGAUAAUCAAGAAUAUACGGACAAUGAAGAUGACAGUGUCAUCAUUAUGAAUCGUAGAACAUCAACAAAUCUCAAAACAUAUAUUGAUAAAAUGAAUGAUGAAUCUAUUUUCGAUGAGAAGUCCCCUUAUACUAAUGAUGAAUUAUCUAAAGAAUUAAUAUGUAAUGCUAAUGAAUAUUGUUUAUUAAGACAAUUUGAUGGACGUCCAUCAUGUGAAUAUUGGAAUGAACAAUCAUGGCAAACAUUAAAUAAUUGUCCAGAUUCUACAUUUAAUGAACCAAUAUGUAGUACAGAUAAUCAAACAUUUUAUAAUAGUUGUGAUCUUAAAUUAACUGGAUUAAAAAAUCAAUUAGAAGUAAGAAUUGCAUAUAAAGGUGAAUGUAGAAGUAAAGUAACUUGUUCUGAUAUUCAAUGUCCAAGACCUGAUAUGAGAUGUAGUCCACAUCAUUUAACUGGUCAACCAAUUUGUAUGGAUUGUGCUAAAUUACCAUUAGAUUGUAAUGCAUCAUUUAGAAAUGGACAAGAAACAUUAACUUCAUCAACAUCUUCAUCAUCAUCAUCAUCAUCGACGGGAAUAUUAGGAAAAAGGAAAACACAAAUAUUUGGUGAUCCUGUAUGGAAAACACCAGUUCAAACAUAUGGUUGGCCAGUUGUUUGUGGAUCAAAUGGGAAAACUUAUCGUAAUACAUGUUUUCUUCAUGUUGUUAAUUGUUUAAGUGAUAAAUUUGUUGGAUUGAAAAAACCAGAAUUUUGUAGUGAAACUAUUCCAUCAAAACAUGAUGAUUGGAGUAGACAUUUUGGAAAAUAUUCAAAUUUAUUCUAAUAAAUAGAUAAAGAUAUUGAAAAAAAAGAGAAAAAAAGAAAAAGAAAAUAAUAAUCAAUCAAUAAAUCAAUCAAUUAAUCAAUCAAUCGAUGAAUCAAGAUUCUUUUAUCAAUUUCUUAUCUAAAUAAAUAAAAAAUGAAGAAAAUCAAAAACUUAAAUCAGAAUUAUUUAUUACAUAACAACAACAACAACACCAACCACAACCACCACCACCACAACAACAACAACAAGAAAGGACACAUUACGCUUAAUUGUGUGAAAGAAUUAGCACAAUUCUAAUAGUGGAAAAUAACGCACACACACACAAAUAUAAUCAUUAUAUGCAUUUGCUUUGAAUGGCU